UUUCAAACAGCGGGAGGCUGCUGUAGCUUUUCCUCGUUCCAGAAUACAUUGGAAAGUUAACCAUGGCAUCCACUCAGAUCAUUAAGGCAAAAAAGUCCUUCACCACUCCAGAUAAGCUUCGUCAAGACACUCAAAUGAUCAUGCAGCCCUACGCCAACUGGGAACAGCACUUGACUCCAGCUCCUCUGUCAAUUGCUGUCCUUGGAGAGUUAAUAUUUAUAUCCUCCAAAGAUGAUUUCUCUAUCAACCGAAAUCCACCAAAGGAUGGAUUCCAGUUCAUCAAGUACCCCAAUUCAUUCAGAGCGUGUCUCAUGCAAGUGUGCAAUGCUGGAUGGUAUGCUUUUAAUGAAGCACACACCAGUAUGGACCAGAUUAGACUCCACACUGCAAACGUGCCACAGUAUGUCAGAACGGCUGUUGAAGUUAUUCUCAAGAAUGAUGAUACACUUUGUCGAGCUGUACUGCCAGACACCUUAAAAUACAUUGACAACAUAGCCAGUGAAUGUUUGAUGCUGUCCACCUCUACCAAGGACAGGUUUGAGAUGGUCAUUUCAUUGGUUCAUGAGAUCCUUGAAGCAAGUACGAGUGCAAAAGAAGUUUACAAUGAAGAUCUCAAGAAUGUAACACAAAAGAUGGAAGAAAAUGAAGUCCGCAAGAUGUCAAAGAUGGAAACAGACAAAAGAACAAAAGAAGAUUUACAGAAUUUUAAAACUAAACUGGAUGCUGCUGAGAAGCUGUUCGACAAAGCAAUGAAUUCAAUGCCAAGCGGAUGGGACAUGAUUGGGAUGAAUCUGGUAGAGGGACUCUCAGAGAGUCUUAAUACUCUAGUUUCUGGCUUAACCAAUGUAGCGACCUUGAAGUUUGAACAAAUGGCUUGGGGGGGAGGCAUGGGAGGCAUGGGAGGCAUGGGAGGCAUGGGCCAAACAGGCUCUGCACCUAACACAGGCACAAAACAAGGAGAAGCUGGAUUUAUACAAGGAAAGGAGCAGAUGGAUGAAUACUUUGCAGUGAAGGAGGUGUACCAACAGUCAAGCACCAUCCUGAAAUUGGCUGAGAUAAUGAAGCAUCUGACGGCGGAAAGUAAAAUCGAUUGGGCAGACUUGUAUGACCAGAAGCAUCAAAAACCAAAGAGUGACUUCACAAAAGAAAUGCUGGUGGAAGUCAAAAACAGCAUUACCUCACUGAAAGGCACAAAUGCAAAAAACACAGCACUAGAAAUCUGCGAAAAAGGCAUAUCCAUUUGCACAGAGAUGGCAAGCAUUGCACCCAAAGGAGAAUGUGAAGCCUCAAAAGAACAACAGCUGAUUGAAGAAAUUGCAAAACUGCAUGAACAAGCUCAGACCUUCAACGCAAAAGGCAAACAAGUCACUAAGACCACACCCUUUUCCCCGACACCACCAGGGCUAUCCCAAGCACAAAGUAAAGGUAAGAAGUCAGCAUCCACGUUUGCCGCAGAAAAUGCAAGAGUCCAGAUUGAGGAGACCAGAAAAGCCCUGGACACUGCUAGACAAAUGUACAGCACAGCCGUGGAGAGAUUUGAGAAGAACAAAGACGAGUUGACUGAAAUUUUGGUCACUCUGAAGAACUGUGACAUCAAAAAGAUAGACUUUAAGACGACCUUGGAGAUUCUAGCUCAGGGUCUUACUGCCCUGGGAAAAGUGAAGGAGCAGUGGGAGAAGAUGGUGCGUUUCUUUCAAAUAGUGUCCACCAUCAUUAAAGCCUCCAUGAAUACUGCUAUAAAAUCGUUCACAGGCACAGCCAAACAGGCCUCUGAGUACUCUAGCAGCGCCUUCCUGAAGGACAUGGUCUACAGCCAAGCAUUCCAAGUCUCCAACAUUGCCAAUCUGGUGAACAUGAUUUCAAGCACAUACACUGAAGUGUCUGAGAAGUACAUCAUGGAUAGGGUCAGCAGCCUAGGAAGACUCAUGGCCCUGGAUCAGAACAGUCCAGAGUUUGACGUGGAGCGUAAACAAUUACAAGACGGUUGUGUGGAAGCCCAGCGUGGUAUACUAGCCCUGGUCCAGAAGAACAAGACUGACUUCAACCUGAAGACAGAGGAACGUAUGGUCCAGCUUCAAGAGCUGCGGGCUCUGUUACCCCCACCUACAAACGAGGAAGAGGAGAAAGUCAAGCGGAUCGUCAACUCCCCUUCUGAGGACGUCGACCAAUUCAUCUAAAAAUUCACUUCUGAGGGAGAAAGAAGACAAAGCAUUUCACAUGGCACCCUGAUGACAUUUCUAUUCUAUUUCUAUAAAUCUGUAAUGAUUUCUUUUCUGCGCAAGACGCUAGCUUUUUUUAUCCUAAUUUUUUUUUUCAAGCGUGCAUACUAGAGACAACUCGAGGCAGAGUUGAAGGUGAAAGAGUCUGUAGUGAGCUGGACAUAUGGAAUUCCAAAAUGGGGCCAAUCCUCUAAUUGAUGGAUGAGGUGGUCAAAGUGAGAAAUAAACCCUGUAUCAAGUGAGUGAUCAGGACUCAACCCAGCUGUGAUGCUGGAACCUUAAAGUUUGUGAAAAUCAUCAGCUCUUUGCUUGACAACCAAAGAGAAAUAAAAUAUGAGAACCAACCCUGUUAUUUACUGAAGAGGAAACAGGUAUAACUUUUUUGAUGCAUGGUGUUUGUUGAAUUUGCCUGAUUUUGAAAUAACUGCUCAUUGAUAUAUAAAUUACAUUUAUCUCAAUUGAAUUAUUCCU